GCGUGGAGACGCACAGACAAUAGACCCAGCCAUAGCUCUGGAAGCCCGUUUUGGACACGGCCUUAAUUUAGUCUAAGUUUUCGAUGAACUGGGAAGACGGCAUGGCAAUGUGAAUUUUGAUGAAUGUCAGAUGAAAAAUUACAAUCGCAAUGAACCGGCAUGGUCGAGAAAUGCACCAUUAUUUGAAGUUAGGGAAGAUGUUGGUCUCCCUCGACCUGUGCAUCCUAAAUGAGGAGAGAAAUGACGGCUGGUUUCAAGACAGACACCGACAGGAAACGGUUGCCUUAUUGCAAGAUGUAGUUGCUGACAGGAUCGGUGAUUUUUAUGCCAAGAAGCGAGCAGCGAGGGUAAAGAGGGAUGAGAAGGAAGGAAAUCCCAAGGCAGAGCAGCCCAAGAUGCUCCAGGGUAACACGGUGAAGAUUGGUUUCAAGUUCACCAAGAAGCCAGUCACCCAACGAUGCCUUUUAAUGAAGCCUAAGUUUGAGACCGUCAUACUCUUCCCGGAGAAGCUUCAUGUCUAUGUCUGUGAGCACCAUCCCUCCACCGUGCUCCAAACCACUGCGCACCUGCUGCACACCGUGUACAGGGAUGCUGACCCCACUGCAGUGGGGAUGAGCGAUUACUUCCCGUCGGCUGCUCAUGCAGGCGCAAGGAGCAUGGCCAAGGUGACAACGUCGGCACGUAAGAAGAGGAACAAAUUGAAGAGAAUUGUGAACCGACAGAUAAAUGCCAUGCCUACAAAGAAGGAGCAACCCACCACAGAGAGAGGGCGUGAUACCCUGUCUGAGGCAGCUUCAAGACGGGCAUGCCACCAGGGCCCACUUAGAUCCACAGGAGAACAUGUGACCGAAAUAGAAGAUUUGGGAAGUGAUGGAAUCCAGCUUGUUGAAGAGAAGGCAGACUGUGAUCCUAAAGCUUCCGAGGAACACACCACCAAGGACGAUGAGAUCUUGAGGUCGGGAAGACAUUCCAACUUGACAACUGGUGCCAGCAUCCAGGAGCAAGCCAAGAAGAGGAAAAGGAACAGGGACUGGGAUCAGAAGGAGGUCACAUGCAGUCGACAAGCACCAUCACACACAGCCUCUUCUGCUUCAGACACAAAAACUUGGGAACCGACAAAAAGACAGAGAGCUGGCGAUGCUGUGAGAGGAGCAAGUAUUGUCAAUUUAAAAGCUAUGCAAAAUAGAGGAGGUCAGAGUAACUUGAAAAAUGGGAAUCAGGAAUUGGAUGUGGUACCCAGUGACGAGGAUGCCGUUGCUAGGAGCCACAAGGCAACAGAUAUUGAGAAGGUGGAUCUUGGGGAUGAAAUGGUAGACCUGUGUGCAGAUGAGGUAUUUUCGGAUGGCGAUGUGGAUUGCAUCAGCAAUAUCAUUUCAGAUGCCGAAGGUGUGAGUAAACUCAGCUGCCUUCAUUUGCAGCGACUCACGAGAAAGAACAGAAGAUACCUCAAGGAAAUCUUCAUUGGAAAGCGGCCUUGCAAGAGGCAUGCCAAUUAUAAACAAGGCGGUUCCACCCGAGCCAAUUUGGCGUAUGAGGCUUGGUAUGGCCCAUACACAGAGGAUCAAGUGGACUGCGUCAUGAAUGAGCUCGUCAAAGUCUACUGUUCUAGCCACAACAAGUAUUUUGACUAUGUCAGCAAAGUGCUCUUACCCGAAGCCUUAACCAAGAUCUGCAUGGACGUGCUUCACAUCCCACUGGAGGAAGCUCAGGCCAUACUGGAGAAGACCCCUCUUUGCGGGGAUGCCACCAUGCUUGGAAGUAGAUACCGAGGGGGCGUGGCACACUAGGAGUACUCUCCACAAUUAAUCUUUCAGGGUGCUCUCCCCCCCAUUGGUCAAAUGUGGAGGACCACCAGUCGGUGACCACUGCUUGAUAUCUCUGGAAACUGAUGUGCACAGAAUGUAAUCCCAGUACCAGGCAAAAAUGGACCAGUGGUUGACAAAUACUUGUCUGGAAUUCACCUCUUGUCAGAUGCGAAGACCACAGUGCCAUGCAUAGUAUUUAGUUGGUGGGUAAGCCUUCUGUGUUUAAUUAAUGGAAAAAAGUAUGAGAAAUGCGGAGUCACCACCAAGUACUGGAUCAUCACUGAAAAGACAAAUGGACAGGCACAGAUGGCGAGCAAUAUGCCAUGUGAUGGAGAAUUCAUGGUAAUUUCACAUGAAAGGAAGCUUCAAUGUCUAUACAUUAGAUGUACAAUGUAUGGUUACUUAGCAAACACUCAACUUGCUGCACUUUUGGCCAAUCUUAGCGUAACUGUGUGGUCAUGUGGUACAUUGAUGUCAGUUGAUCAGGCCCUAUUACAACGAGGGUCAAUGACGACCAUCAUUUUUGGCUUGGUCCACCCAUUAACCCUUACCCCAUAGGAUGUAUGUAAAAUCAUGAAAUCGGAGGAUUUGGAACUGUUGCGGUUAAUCAACUCUUGCUGUGGUGGUAACUGAUGCAUGAUGACCGGUCUGUGACCGCAAAAUCUCACCAGCCCUGUGGGGCGUGUUUUUCUUCUUUGUUGAAUGCACCAUUGGAAUAGAGUUUUGUGCACUGUUAACAAGUAUCAGUGGUCAUGACUUCAGAAGCUGCAGAUUUUUGCUGUAAAGUUUUGAAUGAUGUUUAUGUUGGAAGAGUGGGGAAAAGGAGAGAAAAGGCAAUCUCUGUCCAACAAGGGAUAUGACUACUUAAAUGUUACUGAUGUUAAAUCUUGCUCAUGAAAAAAG